CAUCCACAGAGUAAGACAAUAAUCUUGAUGUUAGCUGAUAUUUUCAACAAAAACUAAUUAUCUCAGAUAUAAAGCUGAGGCCUGAGCUGACACACACACUCAGGUAAUGCAUCAACUCACACACACACCUUAUCUGUCAGAUUGAACUGCCUCUGAUAGUCAGAGCUCCCAAGUGUUUGUCAUGGUCUGAACAAUAAUCAUAUAGUGUGCUGAUGACAUCAAAAUAAGUCUUGACUACCCUGUGCACAUUGUGGCUCCUCGCUCUGCAGAUGGCCUGCUGUGUGCUUGAGGGUUCCCUUUAAUAAGGCUACACAUGGCUCUUGAUAUUAUUAGGAUAGCGCUCUCUCUAAAAAUAGACCAGGUGAUUUGCACUAGACAGCCCGCACAUAAACUUCCACUGACACUCAUACACACAUACUCACUGAGUUGCUUUAGAAUAAGGUUAGAUGUGCCUCAGUGAAGAAGACUCUGCUAUCCUGGGGAGAGGGACAUGUGAUCGGCUGACUCCUGAUGUGAUGCUGACCCUCUGCCAGACAGAAACUCAGCAUUAAGCAUGUCUUUGUCAGUGCAUGACUGUGUCUAUGCAGCCUGUGCAUGUGCAGUGUGUGUCACAUCUAACUCCAUUCUGGAGAGCUCCAUCUAUCAUUAUGCGGAAGAGCCACAUCGUUGCCAAUAUCCCUAUCCACUCUUCCAGUCCAUUCAUUUUCCAUCUAAUAGGUCUACCACGUACUGUAAAGAUUGAUAUAGUCCAUAUCCACAUAAUAUACAACAGACCAUCAAUUUUAUCCCUGUCUCAGCUGUGGUGGUGUAGCUAAAGUGGCUAUUAUUCAUUAAAUGUCAUAGAUUUGGCCUACUGAUCUGAAACUUUCAGGGCUUUCCGGAUGUAAUUACAGCUAUGUUUGAGUUCACUCACUAGCCACAUGUCUAAUGUAAUAUCUUAUAUUUUCAGCGCAUGGACCAACUUGUGGGAUUGACACCCAAAGUAAUAUACUGCAUGCUGCGGGUCAGUGGGAUGCAUAUAUAUACGGCUGGGGAUGUGGAGGCAGUCAAUGGAACGGAUGUUCGUCUGAAGUGCACCUUCCACAGUUCCUCUCCCAUCAAUCCCAGCAACAUCAUGAUCUCCUGGAGCUUCAGAUCCCUGAAACAAGGCAGAGAAGAAUCAGUGUUCUAUUACCAUCAGCGACCAUAUCCUCCACCAGAAGGCCUUUUCAGGAAGCGUGUCGCCUGGGCUGGUGAUGUCAUGGGUCGUGACGCCUCCAUCAUACUUCAACAGGUUAAGUUUACCUACAACGGCACUUACAUCUGCCAGGUCAAGAAUCCACCAGAUGUUCAUGGCAUGGCUGGAGAGAUUCGCCUCCGUGUGGUCACCACAGCCUCUUUCUCCGAGCUUCUCCUUCUGGCAUUGGCCAUCGGGGGCGGUGUUGCCGCUGUGGUCUUCCUUCUCAUCAUCAUUGUGUCCUGCAGGCGGUGCAAAAAGAGGAGACAGAGACAGCGGGAAGGGAACGAGGAAGCUCCCCGCAAAGAAAGAAAAGACCCCACUGCGUGCCACCCAUCUAGAGCCGUCCACCUCUACCUAUCAGAGACGUCCAUAGAGAUUGACAGUUCAGACGGCAUGAUCUCAGAUGCCAGUACCAAAGACUCAAGCUCCUCUGAGGAGGAGAGCCGGAGCUCAGAUGACGACGGCGGUAAUGACUCCGACUGAGGAGGUGGGAACAGACUUAGAGACAGAAACACUGAUGCAAAGCCAGUCAGGAAGCUCGCUGGAGGGAUGCCCAGAUGGCACCCAUGGAUUACGGUACGGGGUACUACCGAGUGGAAGCUAGACCAAGUGAGCGCUGCUGCUGUGUUGAAAACAAGCACAUUAUGCAGGAAUGGGAGAAAAGUGGAAAGAAAGUUCAGUUUUAAAGUUUCUGAGUAAGAAGAAAGAUUAGAGCGAUGCUUUUGAUGAAACUUUAAAACUGGAUCAAAAGUAGAGUAAUUUUACUUUUGAGAGAGUCCAGAAAUAUUCAAGAGAUAAGAAAUGCUGGAUAUAACCCACAGGGCUUCAGAAGUGAAAGGCACUGUAAUCCUGAAGCUGGCUUGGCUACUGGGAAAAAGGAUCAAUUUAUGUUCAAUAACUGUCUGUUGUUUUAGAGUUGAAUCUUGUUAAGUGUGGGAAGUCAAUACCAGCUGUGACAUGCAAUUGAAAGCAGUCAGAAUCAGUGUGUUUUCUGCCAUAAUGAGCCAUAUCAGGACCCUCUGCGGUUGAAUGACUUUUGUAAACUAUUUUCUGGUUGGCUUAAAGGGCAAAAUCUUGUAGAAUCUGUAGGGUCAGCUUUCAUACUUUAGUUUUAUACUUCAGAGUCACUGGGGAUAAUGCACGUCUCGCAUUUCAGUCAGUCGUGUACACCAUAACAAUACCUGCCAGUGUCAGAGCACUAGUCUUGUUAAAAGCACUUUUAUCCUCCAACUGAUGGGCUUAUGUCACAUUAGAUUACUUGGAUAAAAUAGCAUAAAUGUGAUGUUGCUGUCAUAAAAUGUGAAAGCCAAACAUUUGAUCAGUCAGUGAGCAACUGCAUGCCCACACCUGUCCUGCAUGCUGUGUGGGAGCACAAAGCCAGAUCUGAAAACCCUUUGAUUGCAAAAUGUCCUUGAGAGCCUGUUUUCUCUCUAUGCAUAUGUGAAUGCAUCACAUUUACUAACAAAUGAUUGUAAAUCCUGUCUUUUCUUCCUUUUCAUGGCUGAAUUUUGUACUUGUGAUGUAAUACCGAGCAGAUAGAUUUUUAUCUGUUUCUAUUUUUUUAGAUAAUGCCAUAAGUAUUUUGCUAUGUUGUUUCAAAUGUCUCUGUAUGUUUGUUUUAGAGCUUAUAUAUAUAUAAAAGAUGAUCUAAUAAAAAUACCUUCAAAUCUUGA